AUGAUGCCCUCCCUCGCAUGGCAUGCGGAAGAGAUGACAAUCAUCGAAUUCCAUAAGCUACUCCGCAUAGAUCCCUCUAUCGGCCCAGAACUGGUCAAAAGAUAUCUGGAGGCAAUCGCACAGCACGACGGGACCCUCAAAGCCCUCAUCACAAUAAACAGCGAUGCCAUAAAGAUCGCCAGAGACAAGGCCAUCGAAACAAGCGCUUUCAAUAAGAGAGACAAGCCAUUCCCUCUUUUGCACAGCGUCCCGAUAAUCCUUAAGGACAACCUCAGUACAUCAGAUUUACCAACAAGUGCAGGCGUGAAAGCCCUACAGAACCUUUACACGAAAGAUGACAGCGAAGUUGUAUCACGUCUACGCGCCGCAGGCGCCAUCAUCCUGGCCAAAUCCAACCUCCACGAAUUUGCUCUGCAGGGAAUAAGCCUAUCUUCGCUGGGCGGGCAAACUCUGAACCCAUACGAUCUAACCCGCACACCGGGGGAUCCUCAGGCGGGACAGGCGCAGCGCUGGCCGCGAACUUCGGCCUUGCCGGAUGAUACGGCGGGGCCGAUGGGGAGAAGCGUUGGGGAUGUGAGGGCCUUGUAUCGUGUAAUGAAGGAGCCAGUUGGGGCGAGCGAGGGAUUGGUGGAAGAUGUAUCUGCCACGAAACGUCAACCCGGUCGUCAAAUCCGAAUUGGAGUCUUGGAGGCAUAUUUCCAGCCCGAGAUACAUGGUGAUAUCGGUGCAAACACGGAGACCGAGUAUCUCACCGAGAAUCAGACAGUGCAGGACAUUGUCCGGACGAGUCUGAGCUUGAUACAACAACGGGAGGAGGAUAUCGUCUUGGUGUCCAUCCCCCCAUCCAGUCACCCAGACUGGAGUUCGGAAACUCUCCUCAUCAAGGCAGACACGCAGGCUUUCGAGUUCAAAGACUGUCUCAACGAAUUCUUACAGUUGCCUCUGAUCUCAUCCACACCACACCGGACACUUGGAUCUAUUGCUCAGAGCGGCGAGUUUGAUCCAACAGCUAUGACAGAUGUCUUUUUUGCGUCGCUGAGAGACCCUGAAACUUUCUCGACGACAAGCGAGGCAUAUCGAAGUCGGCUGGAGCAUAUCACAAUCCUCAAAGAGUCUGUAAGGCAAUGUUUCGAUGAUUUCGAUAUUGAUGCACUGGUGUAUCCGCACCAGAGACAGCUUCCCGUCAAGAUUGGUGCGAAGAAGCAGUCUGGACGCAAUGGCAUUCUGGCCGCGUUGACGGGGAGGCCUGCUAUUUGUAUUCCUGCUGGAUGGAGCCCUCGGACGGAAUCUGCUGUGCUAGGCCUUCCUGUUGGGAUGGAGCUGAUGGGCCGUCGUUGGAAAGAUGAUGAACUGUUGGAUCUUGCAGAGCGGAUCGAGAGCGUUCUGAAAGGUAGGAGAGAACCUGCUUUAAUCUGGGGGAGUCGAUAG